AAAUUGAGGAGAGGCUUUAUUAGAAACCACCGGCUUGUUGCGUCGCGUCGCCGAGAAAGCCUGAUUGCGCGGUGAAGAGUUACUACUUAAGCUGCCAACAGAUGGUUGCGUGGGGGGCCGUGACUGUGUAUAGACUACGUGUAACAUUUAACACGUUUGUGUGAAAUGCCUAUAAAGUCCAUAUUAAAAGAAUAAAAAUGCCGAUAAUACCAGCAUGAUAAACAUUUUUCGUUCAUCAUGAAGAUGAAUAUGAUUUUUGUCCAGAACACAAACCAACUAAAGGAAAAAAAAUCAAGAACUAAAAAGGAAAAGUGAACGAGUUGUAAACAAAGAAAAGGAGAACGAAACACCUAGAGUGGCUAGAGAAAGUCGGGGUUACUCAAAAAUGGUUUAGUAAUUCAAAUUGGUUACAUCUCCUAGUCCAUUUUUUCAGACUUUGAAAUAACAAUAAUAAUUGAUAAUUCCCGCCAUAGCAAUGCUCAAGUUUGGUCGCAAAUUCAGUCAUCAACUCCAACCUCUAUACAUCAUCCAUGGCUGCCGCCGCCAUUUACUGUAUUCAACAUCAUCAGCAUCGGAAUCUCAUCCAUCAUUGCAGAUUCUUUUGGUUGAUUAUCUAGGGUUUCCCUGCAAAAAACCCCUUUCUCCAACCAAAUUAUCUCGAUUUCUUGAAGAGCAAGAGGCCAAGAAGGUCAGUGAUUUUGAUUUCGCUAAAAAUGUUGUUUCAGUUGUUGAUUUCUUUAAACAAAUUGGAUUCGAACAACCCCAAAUUAAAAAGGUCGUUGCUUAUUUACCUAGAAUCCUGUGUGCUAAUGCUGACAAAUCCCUAAAACCUAAAAUCAAGCUUCUUCAGGAUUUGGGAUUUUCUGGGUCUGAUUUAGUUAAUGCUAUAUUGGCUAAUCCUUUGAUGUUAACCCGAAGAAUGCGUCCUCAAAUAGAUGCUAUAAGGGAUGUUGUGGGUAGUGAUAAGAAUGUUGCUAAAGUCUUGAGGCGGUCGAAAUGGCUUUCGUUUACUCAUGCUGCUGAUAAUCAUUUGAUUCCCAAUGUUAAAUUGUUGCAAGAAUAUGGAAUUUCUAAUGACAAAACUGUGAAUUUCAUGCUUCAGCAACCAAAAGUCUUGUACAGGAAGCCAGAUAUAUUUCGUGAUAUGUUGAUUAAGGUUGAGGAUAAGUUUGGGAUUCCUCGUGAUUCUCCUACGUUCUUGCCUGGUCUUUACUUGGCUUGUUAUAAGGAGGAGAGCGUUAAGGGUAAAUGUGAUAUAUUUAAGAGUUAUGGAUGGACUCAUUCUGAUGUUUUGAGAUUAAUUGGGCUAAAUCCUUAUUGCUUGGGAUUAUCUGAAACAAUGAUAAAAAAGAAGUUGGAAUUUCUUAUGAAAGAGCUCGGUUAUAAGCCUGCGUUGUUGGCAUCGCGUUCUAACUUGAUGGCUUAUAGCCUUGAGAAAAGAUUGUUGCCUAGACAUAAAUUGCUGCUUUUUCUGAAGGAGAAAGGUUUGCUAAGUAGGGAUUACUGUCUUCUAAAUAUUGCUUCCUGGAAUGAGCCUAAGUUUAUAGAGAAGUACAUUGAACCAUUUAAAGAUGUUGUACCUGACAUACAUCAAGUUUAUCGUAGCACUAGUGAUAUACCACCGACUCCAUAAAGAGCUGAUACUGUUUGAUAGCGUUGAAGUUCUCUUGCUUCUAGAUGUUGGGUUGUGGGCCUUCGUACGCCGUAAUAAACAAAUACAGUAUGCAGACUGAGUUAAGUCCAACCCACUUUACAGAUAUCAGGCUACAUAUACCAGUGCCAUUGUAUGAAUCUUGCAAAGGUUUUUGCAAUGAUUGAUUGGGUUUUGUUUCUCUAAUCUACUACUUUUGGUUGUCGCGGUAUGUAUGAGUAUGUUUUGUGGUUCAGUAGUAUGCUUAGGACUGUAUCCACUCCCAAUUUCCUCUUUUUAUGUUUUUGCAUCAAAUUACUGCUAUAUCAUGUAAUGGUCAUAGAAGAAAUGUAAUUUUCUUAAAUGUUUUUGUACUUGACUGUACUCUGUCAACUGUUCUUUUAGGAAGUCAGGUUUUAUGCAGUUCUAGAAGUUGAAUAAGUCCUCCUUUUGUCUUCUCCUUUAGCAAAUAGAAUGUACUUAAAAUUUAUCCUUUUAUCGUGUAGACAGAUGAUUUAGGCACUAGAGAUUUAGAACUUCGGAAAACUACAUAAGGUUAUGAUGCCUUCCUAAAUCUUUUGACCUUAUAUUGGUUAUCCUUGUAACUCAAUUGUGCUAUUUAUCAAACUAUGGAGUAAUCACUUCAUCCAUUUGCUAGUUUGUAGCUUUCUGUGUUAUCUUUGAGAUUAUCAAGAUGCUGCGUUUACCAAGUAUGCCUUCAACACAGUGUAAAAACAUUAUAACUUGUUGCCUUUUCUGAGUGAUGUUAUUAUCCACCCCUAACAAGUUUUAAACGGAGUAUAUUGUUGAGUGGGUUAGAAUUACGUUAUCUGAAUUACACAUCUGGUUAUGUAUAAUUACUGAUACCAUAGAAGCUGUUCCCUGAAGUUUCUUUUUUC